AUGCAGUUGGAUCAUUGCAUCUCUCCCUCUAUGAUGCUCUCCAAGAAAUUCCUGAGUGUGAACAGCAGUUACCCCCAUCCAGGAGCUUCUGAGCUUGCUUUGCAUGAACAUCCCAUUAUCUCCCCUUCUGACAACCUGGAGAGAAGUUCACCUCUGAAAAAAACUACCAGGGGGAUGACGAAUCAGUCAGAUCCAGACAAUUUCCCUGACUCCAAGGAGGCACCAGGGGACGGACAGAGGAGUAAGCUGUCUCCUGUCUUGGAUGGGGUCUCUGAGAUUCGUCAUAAUUUCGAUGGAUCUGCAGCAGAUCGCUAUCUCCUCCCUCAGUCCAGUCAGUCCCAGUCUUCUGCAGCUCCAACUACUAUGUUCCCUUAUCCAAGUCAGCAUGGACCGGCUCACCCAGCCUUCUCCAUCGGGAGCCCCAGCCGCUACAUGGCUCACCACCCAGUCAUCACCAAUGGAGCUUACAACAGCCUCCUGGGCAAUUCUUCCCCUGGCAGCGGAUACCCUGGCACCGGAUACCCUUACACGCAGCAGUACGGGCACACCUACCAGGGAGCACCCUUCUACCAGUUCUCCAGCGCCCAGCCUGCACUGGUCCCCGGCAAGGCUCAGGUCUACCUGUGUAACAGGCCACUCUGGCUCAAGUUCCACAGGCACCAGACUGAGAUGAUAAUCACCAAGCAGGGCAGACGUAUGUUCCCCUUCCUCAGUUUUAACAUCUCCGGCCUGGACCCCACAGCACAUUAUAAUAUUUUUGUAGAUGUGAUUCUUGCUGAUCCCAAUCACUGGAGAUUUCAAGGGGGCAAAUGGGUUCCUUGUGGCAAAGCGGACACCAAUGUACAAGGUAACAGGGUCUACAUGCACCCGGACUCCCCCAACACUGGAGCUCACUGGAUGCGGCAGGAAAUCUCAUUUGGGAAGAUGAAACUUACUAACAACAAAGGGGCCUCCAACAAUACUGGACAGAUGGUUGUGCUGCAGUCCUUACACAAGUACCAGCCCCGGCUGCAUGUGGUGGAGGUGAAUGAGGAUGGCACAGAGGACACCAGUCAGCCUGGCAGAGUGCAGACCUUUACUUUCCCGGAGACCCAGUUCAUUGCUGUCACUGCUUACCAGAAUACUGAUAUAACCCAACUAAAAAUCGACCAUAAUCCCUUUGCUAAAGGAUUUCGGGACAACUAUGACACGAUCUACACCGGUUGUGAUCUGGACCGUUUGACUCCAUCACCUAAUGACUCCCCUAGAUCUCAGAUAGUCCCCGGUGCCCGGUACUCUAUGGCCACCUCCUUUCUCCAAGACCAGUUCGUCAGUAACUAUGCCAAGUCUCGCUUCCACCACCCGGGAUCUGUGCCAGGGCCGGGUACUGACCGCAGUGUUCCUCACACCAAUGGGCUGCUUUCCCCUCAGCAGGGCGAGGACCCAGGGGCCCCUUCUCCGCAGCGCUGGUUUGUAACCCCAAAUAACAGGCUGGACUUUACCACCGCAUCUGCCUAUGAUACAGCCACAGACUUUGCCGGUAACGCGGCCACUUUAUUGUCUUACGCGGCGGCGGGAGUUAAGGCUCUUCCUUUGCCGACUGCCGGCUGCGCGGGGCGCCCCUUGGGUUACUACAGCGACCCUACUGGGUGGGGAGCGCGGAGCCCUCCUCAAUACUGCACCAAAACCGGAUCCGUGUUGUCUUGUUGGGCUCCAGGGACCAGAGUAGCAUCUUCAAACCCCUAUCUAUCUGGUACAGAAGAAGCCGACACGUUAGCUUCAGAUAGGUCCCCACUGGGAGAGGAUACCAAACCCAAAGACCUGUCUGACUCCAGCUGGAUCGAAACGCCUCCAUCAAUCAAGUCUAUGGACUCCUCCGACUCUGGAAUUUAUGAACAGGCAAAGAGAAGGCGACUCUCCCCCUCAGACCCAGCUGUGUCUGGUAGUUCCUCACCUCUCAAAAGUGAAGUCCUGCCCUCAAGAGACUGUGAGAAGAACUGUGCCAAAGACCUUGGUUAUUAUGGGUUCUACACUCACACCUAA